CUCGCGGGCAGAGCAGGAAGGAAACCGCUCCCAAGCACGGCGGCGUCGUCUCCCGGCAGUGCAGCUGCCGCUACCUGUGCCUCCGUCUAUCCGCACAGUCCUCCGCCUGCAGAAUGAGCGGCCUGCGCGUCUACAGCACGUCGGUCACCGGCUCCCGAGAAAUCAAGUCCCAACAGAGCGAGGUGACCCGCAUCCUGGACGGGAAGCGCAUCCAAUACCAGCUCGUGGACAUCUCCCAGGACAACGCCCUGCGGGAUGAGAUGCGAGCCCUGGUUGGCAACCCCAAGGCCACCCCACCCCAGAUUGUCAACGGGGACCAGUACUGUGGGGACUAUGAGCUCUUCGUGGAGGCCGUGGAACAGAACACACUGCAAGAAUUCCUGAAGCUAGCCUGAGAGCCGGCCCACUGUUCCCACUGGACUCAGCACCACAUUCCCCCACUGAUCUCACCCAGCCUCAAAGGACCCUGUGACCAACUCCCUGUCGUUCCUAACUUUCUUACUUGGGGUCCCUUACCCUAACCUAUACCCCCUCCUCCCUCUCUGUAGCUCCCUUUUCUCCAUUCACAGGCAACAUUCCUUAGCUACUGUCUCAGAAAUUGUCUUAAAACAGCCCCAAUGCUGGCUAUCCUCAGCCAGGCCUUGGGGCCGCCAACCUGCCUGGCACUGGCUGGUGGGCACUUCGUUAGUUCCAUUAGCCAGAGCUCUGCCAAAGGCCCCACGGUCCCCUUCCCGGGAAUACCAUAGAGACAAUUAAAUGCCCAUUCCAUUGGCA